GGCCGGCCCCAGCGCCAGCGCCGCGGCGGCUCGGCAGGGCGCAGUGUGUGGGUGAGCGCGGCCGGAGCGGGCGCGGCCCGGCCUCAGCAUGGAGGACGGCUUCUCCAGCUAUAGCAGCCUGUACGACACGUCCUCGUUGCUGCAGUUCUGCAACGAUGACAGCGCCUCUGCCGCCAGCAGCAUGGAGGUAUCAGACCGCAUCGCCUCUCUGGAGCAGCGAGUCCAGAUGCAGGAGGAUGACAUUCAGCUGCUCAAGUCAGCGCUGGCCGACGUGGUUCGGAGGCUGAACAUCACGGAGGAGCAGCAGGCUGUGCUUAACAGGAAAGGACCUACCAAAGUGAGACCACUGGGGCCGGCCCUGCCAUUAAGAACCACUGUCAACAAUGGCACCGUGUUACCAAAGAAACCCAGUGCUUCCCUCCCGUCCCCCUCGGGGCCCAGGAAAGAAGUGGUUGUGCCGGUAAACAAAAGCAUCAAUAGGACCAGCUCCUCUGAGCGAGUGUCUCCAGGUGGCCGGAGGGAGAGCUCCGGGGACUCCAAAGGAAGCCGGAACCGCACAGGCUCCACCAGCAGCUCCUCCAGCAGCAAGAAGAACAACGAGAGCAAACCCAAGGAGCCUACAUUCAGUCCAGAAGAGGGAUAUGUAAAGAUGUUUCUUCGAGGCCGCCCGGUCACCAUGUACAUGCCCAAAGACCAAGUGGACUCGUACGCGUUGGAAGCGAAAGCUGAGUUGCCAACAAAGCGGCUGAGGCUCGAGUGGGUCUAUGGGUACCGGGGUCGAGACUGUCGGAAUAACCUGUACUUGCUCCCGACGGGGGAGACCGUGUACUUCAUCGCGUCGGUUGUGGUACUUUACAACGUGGAGGAGCAGCUGCAAAGGCACUACGCGGGCCACAACGACGACGUAAAGUGCCUAGCGGUCCAUCCUGACAAGAUCACCAUAGCAACAGGACAAGUUGCGGGCACAUCUAAGGACGGAAAGCAACUGCCACCACACGUACGCAUCUGGGAUUCUGUGACACUGAACACGCUACAUGUCAUCGGAAUAGGCUUUUUUGACCGGGCUGUCACCUGCAUCGCAUUCUCAAAAUCUAAUGGAGGAAGCCACCUAUGUGCUGUGGACGACUCCAAUGACCACGUGCUGUCUGUGUGGGAUUGGCAGAAAGAAGAGAGACUGGCCGACGUGAAGUGUUCAAAUGAAGCGGUGUUUGCUGCUGAUUUCCACCCCACAGACACCAAUAUUAUAGUCACCUGUGGGAAGUCACAUCUCUACUUUUGGACCCUAGAAGGAAACUCCCUUAACAAGAAGCAAGGUUUGUUUGAGAAACAAGAGAAGCCAAAGUUUGUCCUGUGCGUGACAUUUUCUGAAAAUGGUGAUACCAUUACUGGAGACUCAAGCGGCAACAUCUUGGUGUGGGGAAAAGGUACAAAUCGGAUCAGCUAUGCAGUUCAAGGGGCCCACGAGGGCGGCAUUUUUGCACUUUGUAUGUUGAGAGACGGCACGCUGGUGUCAGGAGGAGGGAAGGACCGGAAACUUAUUUCUUGGAACGGAAACUAUCAAAAGCUUCACAAAACAGAGCUUCCUGAGCAGUUUGGCCCGAUACGGACAGUGGCCGAGGGGAAGGGCAACGCCAUCUUGAUAGGCACGACUAGAAACUUUGUCCUGCAAGGCACCUUGUCAGGGGACUUCACACCCAUCACUCAGGGUCACACUGAUGAGCUUUGGGGGCUGGCCAUCCAUGCCUCUAAACCUCAGUUCUUGACCUGCGGGCAUGACAAGCAUGCCACCCUCUGGGAUGCUGUUGGUCACCGGCCAGUCUGGGACAGGAUCAUAGAGGAUCCAGCUCAGUCCUCUGGUUUCCACCCUUCAGGGUCUGUGGUUGCCGUCGGAACACUGACUGGGAGGUGGUUUGUGUUUGACACGGAAACAAAGGACCUGGUCACCGUGCACACGGAUGGGAACGAGCAGCUGUCCGUGAUGCGCUACUCACCAGAUGGGAAUUUCUUAGCAAUAGGCUCCCACGACAACUGCAUCUACAUAUACGGAGUCGGUGACAAUGGGAGGAGAUACACACGAGUUGGCAAGUGCUCAGGCCAUUCCAGCUUCAUCACCCACCUGGACUGGUCCACGAACUCACAAUUCCUGGUGUCAAAUUCUGGGGACUACGAGAUCCUGUACUGGGUUCCAUCUGCCUGUAAGCAAGUUGUGAGUGUGGAAACCACAAGGGACAUCGAGUGGGCCACCUACACCUGCACCUUGGGAUUCCAUGUCUUUGGCGUGUGGCCAGAGGGCUCAGACGGGACGGACAUUAAUGCUGUCUGCCGGGCCCACGAGAAAAAGCUCCUCUCCACAGGCGAUGACUUUGGCAAAGUGCACCUCUUCUCAUACCCCUGCUCGCAGUUCAGGGCUCCAAGCCACGUCUACAGUGGGCACAGCAGCCACGUCACCAACGUCGACUUCCUCUGCGAAGACAGCCAUCUCAUCUCCACGGGUGGGAAAGACACAAGUGUCAUGCAGUGGCGGGUCAUUUAGUCCCCAUGGGAGCCCUAGGGAGCAGAUUGUGCCCGAGGAGACGGACUCGCCUUCCGCUUGGUCACUGUGAUUUCUGUUUUGUCUACAAACCCUUAACAAAGCUCAGGAAAACUGUCCCUCUACCUUAGUUGGGGAGCCAGCGCGUGUCACACCAGAUAAGCGGUUUCACGUCCGCUUGUGUCAUACAGUGCAGGAUAGAAUGCAUGUUGGGUAAAGAAAGUUCCCAAGGUUUACAUGGCAGUGGCAUCAACAGAAGGGACCGGUGUGUCCUUAUAGUCACUUUUUUUUUUUAUGAACUCUUCAAAAAUGGUCACAGAAUGCCUUUUAAAAUAUUGUAUAUAGUCUUCACUGCUUCACUUGCUAAGUCAGAUAUUUAUGAUAAUGAAGUAUUGGGCCGGGGUUAGUGCUGACUAAUUGGUCCUAAAAGGAUAAGUCACAUAACUGAUUUGCUCAGCUGAAUCAGGAAUGCAAAUAUCAGACUUUCCUUGGUCAUGUAACAAAAAAGCUCAUUAACCCCUCCCUUUGGGAGGCUGGCAAGAAAGGGGCUGGGUUCUCCCUGGAUAAGCACCCCUGGGCUUCAGAGGGGUGUACAGGCGCUUCCACGCUCCCGUUAGACUGUCCUGCCUGGGGACACAGCCAGUUCCUUCAGCUCCUCCACAGAUCGCACCGCCGUCUCUGUCCAUGUGCCCUGGUUAAUGGGGAGACAUUUAGCCACCGCCCUCUGUUUUAAUGGCAUGAUACGGUACUGUCCUCAUAGAGAGUGUAGCAGCUUAUGAUAAAAUGCCCACGGCUCCUCCUCGCUGUGCUCGGGACACUGGACAUUUGUACCCAACAGCCCAGUAGAUUAAGUUGGAGAAAGACUCUCUUCAGUGUGGCAUCAGCCCGUGGAGUGCAGCGCCUCUGAGCUCUGGGUGCUAAGGCAGCUUCCUUUCCUGAUGCGUGCAUGGACAGUGCGCAGCACACGGACUAAAAGUGCUCCGAUGACUAGAACGUAGGUGGUCUAAAUGUGUCAAGAAGGCCUUACCCAUUGUGUGACAGACUGAAUUGUUUACAUUGGGGACUGUGUCUCGGAUUUUUAAAUAGAAGAAUCACAAACAGACAUAAAGACAAAUGAUGGG